AUGGACUUCGGUACGAUCAUACUACUACACGAUCUCGGCAUUGCUUCUCGCCUGCCCCUGAGUUUGUGGCUUGCGCUUACAUCGCUCUCCUGAUUUAUGCGCGCACCCUCUUGAGACAGCAGUAUAUGCUGCUCAGCUUCUUCGGUACCUGUCGUUGUGGACAGUUAUGGAUCAGACCACAUUAGCACCGCCAUGCGGAAGGGCCACACUUCUAUUCGAGCAAGCAAAACUCUCGGCGCUGCGGACUAUCGGGUCAUAUCACACCAGCUACAAGCGCGCGAUAUGGUUUUGGGCGUUGUUAGAUGGAUCACCUGCCGGAUUGAAGUCCACAGCCUAUAAUCUAGCAUCAGAAAAGCUUGAGGACCUAAAAAAGCGUAGGGAGAGAGAAGAAGAAGAGCGUAAGUGCAAGGAAGAACUGGAGCGAAAGAAGCAAUUAGAGAAAGAGCGAAUAAGAUAUGAGAAAGCACAUCAAGAGCUCGAGGACUUAAAAUUGCGUAGGGAUCAAGAAGAAAAGGAGCUUAAGUACAAAGACGAACAGGAGCGCAAGAAGCGAUUAGAUAUUGAGCGAGAAAGAUAUAAGAAAGCACAACAAGAGCUUAAGGCGGUAGAUGCGCAAGCGAGGAGAAGACUAGAAAAAGAGAAGCUGGCAGGGCAGGUACUAGAAGAUCGAGAGCACCUAGGGCAAGGACAACAGGAUGCAGCCGACUACGCGCAAGGAGUACUAGAGCGAGAAGAGCAGGAGCGCCAACGUCAAGCAGCGCAAGCACAAGAAGAGUACGCGCGAAGGGGAUGGGACCGCAUAGCAGACCGAACAAGGAUAGAGUUUGAGGAUGCAGAAUACCAGAGACUGAAGCAUGAGCACGUACAUGGUGGGCCAAGAGAGCCGAGACAGAGGGCACAUAGGCACAUUCAAGUUCACAGGCUCUCAGGGAGUCAAGAGCGUACAGCGCAUAAAUCAUCGGAGCAUGAGCGAAAGAGACAACUACCAAGGGACGAUGAGCAAACAGGGCACGGAGACGAAGCUAGUGAGAAUUGGGCGUAUGAACACAGAGUUGGCGGCAGUCCCCCACGCCGGCCACGCACGCCUCCUCCAGCCCGCCCGCCUUCUCCCCCGCCACCUGGUGCCAUCUGGAUCCAACUUCCUCAGAAUCCUGACCCUCAUCACGGAUCUAGGAAAAUAUACCCCCGUGUGGUCCUAGUCCGACAGCUACUAGAGUUCUUCUAUCAAAACGGACAUGGGCGGAAUGUCAUGCGCCGCAAUGCGGCACGAAACAGAUUCCUCCGCUCGUUCCAAGUCUCUGACGUUGAUGUAAGGUGGGAUGGAGCAGGUGGAGGGGGCGGUGGAGAGGAUGGCAGACAUUAUGGUGGGUAUGGGCCACGGGGAAGAGGCGCCUCUGGUUCUUCUGGUGGAUGUAACUGUUGCGGAAAUUGUAACUGUGCGCAGGAUUGCUAUUGCAAAGAAGGCUAUCGCAAAAGAGGAAGAAUCGGAGAAAUUAUCAUCAUAGAAAGAAGCGAGAGUGUCGCUAAAACUGAGCUCCCACAUGUCAGGAGGAGACGAAGUUCGCGUACAAAUUUUCAACCCUCACGAAGCAAACACGACGAGUCACCCUGGACGACGGACCACGCAGAUGACAGGGGAAGACAUGGCGACCGGGGAUAUGACCACGCCUAUAAGUCUCCUGUUACUUCACCAUCCAGCAAACAUAAAACUCUAUGGGGUGGGAAACCAGGCGGUGUAUGGUUCUUUUUGAUGCGCGACGGCCACAUCUGUACGAAUCAUCGCCCUUCAAGCUACAAAGAAGGUCAUUGGAAUAAGUACCUCCGCGAUAUGCUCCAGAACGAAUACGAUUCACUCCGGACAAGGUGGAGAUGGAGAUAUCGGCCUUUUCGAGAGAUCGCAUUUGCCUACUUCCACUUGUGGGAAUGCAUCAAUCUCGCACACGAUAUCUGGGAACUCACUGAUUCGGCUCCGAUAGUGGGGUCGUCAAAAUCGAGCAUCUCGGCAAAGCCGCUUACGAACCAUUUCCGAUACUUGAUGCGACAUCCCCCUGAAGACAGACGGUGGACUAUUGAAUUGGACGAUAAGAUUAAAGCCGGGCGUGGAAAUGGAAUGGACUUUGUAGUCAUGGUAGAGAUUAUUGAGGGGCUGAACACCCGUUUCAUCUACAUCCUCACAGCUGUUAACGUCCUCUGCGGCAUCAUCAUCGGUGUUGUCUACAGUGUCGUAAAGAAGAAGGUCGGCGACGCCUUUACCAUCGCAGGCUAUUGGAUCAGCGCGGCUUCUUUCAUCAUCGUUGUUGUGGCUACUGGCGAGUGGUUUGGCAUGGAGUCGCCGGACUGUUUCAGUGAGACUGAUAUGGCGGAUAUGGAUAGAGUGGUUGGGAGAUUGCUUUUCGACGAGGAAGAGCAUAAGAGCCACCACGAGGAGCCGGAAGAUAUAGUAUGAAGAGUGGUGCUGAAGAUGAAGCUCUAAUCUCUUCUAUAACGGGGUUGGCUCAACUUUGAUGCGAUCACAUCCUUCAACAUCCUUUUUCCUCUUCAACACUUCGAUACGAGCAUAUACGAAAUGGCUCUCCAUUUGGGAAAUCUACCUGUUAGCUAUCAGCACUUAUUCCCACCUCUUCGCGAGGUCUGGAUAGCAGG